AUGGAGAAUGCGCGCAGAACCGGACACGACGCACCACAGUCGGCGUCCGCAGCCCCCCCUCCCGUCGCGCAAGUAGAGCACCAGUCUGACAGCAGCCCUUCGCCCGCGGCAGUUCCGAAAACUGUUAUGGCAGAGCAGGUCAUCAACGAUGUGGUAAAGGAAGCACAGUCGGUGGGACGCCCUGCGCCCAUCGACGCCAAUGCGACAGCUACCAACUCCGCCGCCACCAACGGCACGCCGCCCUCGGGCCCCGCGACUACGAACAGCACACCCUCUGCUCCGACGAAUGCGACGACGGCCGACCCAGCCGCGGCUGCAGCUACCCAAGCUUCGACCAACGGCGAUGGACCGACGCCAACCAUAUCCAACGGUGUGGGGAAGGAUGCUAGUGAACUCUUACAGAACGGCGAUGCUGGCGAACACUCUGGCGCCGAGUCGCUACCUGUCAACGGCGAUGCAGUCAGUGGCUCCGACACGGACAUCAGCCGUCCUGGCAGUGUCGACCCGUUGAAGCAGGAUACUGGCAACGCGCGGACAACCUCGACGAAGAAGCCCGCGGCUUUCAAGUCGGUUUCUGUGACGAAGAGCUUCCUGGCGAAAUCAGCGGCUUCAACUCCGUCGGCGUCCCCAGGCUUGAAAGCUGCCCCUGCAGUACAGCCUCCUACCUCGUCCCUGCUGACCGCGAAGCCUCGACUCGUAGCCAAAUCUGGUACCGCAAACGCUCCACGGACCCUUGGAAAGAUGAAUGGCGCAGGAGCGGGGCCGGACGCGAGCAAGGUGUGGAACAAGAACCAGCCAGUACCCCCACCACCUCCGAAGCAAUAUACAGACGAGGAGCUUAAGCAGCAAUACGGUAUCCAUCUUGCGACACGGCUGCCCAUGGACGAGGCUGGAAAAGAAGCCAAGUGGGCAGAUAUAGACGAUGAUGAUGGGGAUUGGGCUCCAGAUACUGUGGAAUGGAUGGACGGAACGAAGUCGUCGGUCACAGUAGCAGAGAAUCAGCCACCGCCUGUCGAGGAACCACCGAAGCCCAUCAUCCUCGCAAAGCCAGAGCAAGCGGCCGACGCACCGAAGCCUGCAGCGCCUGCAGCUACCAGCGCGCCAAAAACGAGCUUAACAGGAGGGCCAAAGACAAUUUUGAAGCCCGGAGGACACGCGCAACUCGGCGCUACGAAGUCAAGCCUGGUACUGAAAGGUCAACCUGAAAAGCCCACGCUGGUAGCCAAACCUUCCACAGGCGCCCCUGCGAAGUCGCCGUGGGCCACUCUACCUCCCGUUGAGAAAGCUGCGCCGCUUCAGAUCAACCCGCCCACGCACCAGCAGCCCGCCGAUCGCCGUUUCCAAACACAGGAUCACCGCGCGUACGAGCACAUGCCGCAACACCAUGGAAGAGAAAUCGCGCCCGAUGAUUUCAACCGCACAUGGCGAGAAGAACGAGGCGGACGUGAGCUGUUCAACUCGCAGAAUGGUCGUUAUGAGCCCGUCAAUGAUGCGCGGCGCGGAUCUUUCCGUGAUUCUGGCUACAGACAGCAACAGCACCCAUCCUUGCUGCAGAGACCAUCACAUGAGGGCCCAGCUGAGCCAUCUUCUGCUUUCCAGACUUCUAGGUCUAGUGCGGAUAUGCCCUCCUGGGGCAGGCGACGGACUUCAUCGAAUGUCAGUAGUGGCCCUGGACGACGUAUGUCAUUCGACCGACGUGGACCCGAGUUCCCCAGCGUUAUCGUGGAUGAAGAGCAGCAAGCUUCGCCUACCGUCAACGCAGUACAGGUUUCGUCACCCCAUGUAGCUCAUGCUGAACCAAGCACGUCUCAAGCUGCAGCGCCUGCGGUGAACGCAGCGCCACCUGCCCCCGAGCCUGCUCCUCCCAUGGAAGAUCCAGUAGAAGUGCAAAAGCGACUCAUGGCUGACAAGAUCGAGCGUGCUCGUCUCAAGAAACAGCAGCAGCUGGAAGCAGAGAAGAAAGAGGAAGAGGAGAAGAAAGCUCGUAUCGCCAAACGCCUCGCAGCUCUUGGAGAGGCGCCCAAACCCAAGUCAAGCGAAAAGUCGCCAUCCCCCGCUGUCGGUCGUUCUCCGCAGAAAGUCAACGUUGCCCCUGCAACUGUGCAAUCGCCACCGAAGCCUCCUGUUCCUGCAAACGACGGUGAGGUUGCUCAAUAUGGCAUGAUGAAGGUUCACCAGCCUCACCCCGUGAAGAAGCACUCACCGGUGCCUCAAACGGUGAAGCCUGUGGAGUCUAGACCAAACGCGCACCCAGAUAACCAGGUCAGGCUGCCAGUGUCAUUAGACCAGCCCCCUGUGCUUCCGUUCGACUCCAGUCGUGAUCACGCGAAGAAGACAGCGGACCACUCGCGGCCGCUAGCUGAGACUUCGAUUUCUCAAGGCUCAAAGCCAACACAACCCGCCUGGCAGCCUGGCUCUGGCUCGCAGACACGAGGCGGUUGGACUUCUCAAGUAUGGGGCUCUGCGCAAACACGAGACCGCAACCUCGGAAACGGCACUUUCGACUCAGGCUUUAACCGCGGUCAGCCUCGCCCCGGCGCUCAACAGCAGCUGUCCGCUCAGCCUCCUUCUGCUCCCAUUGCGCCUAUUGGCAUUGAUCCUGUAGCACCGAGUGUCACACAUAUUGUGAAGAUGCCGCUUUCGUCGCAGACUGCCCCCGGCCCUAUUGCACCUCCAUCAGAUAACAAGUGGGGUAACUUCGCAGCUCAUAUCGCUCGUGACGAUGCAAACAUAGUGGCGCAGGCACGACAAGAUCGCGAGCGCAACGGUGCAGAGACUUUCCGACCCGAGCUGCGAGAGACCUACAAAGAUCAGAGAGGAAAGGCCCAGACUAUGGUGCACAGCAAGGUCGCUGCAAGCACCGGUUUGGACAGCGCCAUAACUGCUAGGGUAUCUCCUGCUAGCUCUGAGCUCAAGCUGCGAGACGAGGCCAUGAAGCCUGCACACGACGGUGCUUCACCGCAGCAGUCGCUCAUUCAAGGUGCACCUUUACAGCAAACUGGUGGCUCGCGCUCCUCGCGGUUCUUCCCUCGCCCCAUCGAGACGGCUUUCCAGACACCAGCCGCUGCAUCAAGCAAAAUGGAUUCUCCGCCACCUCCACCAGAGACCGAGAGUCACCCAGUCUUUGCUGGCAGCGUUAUUGAUCAUCCUCUUGUGAGACUUCCUAAGCCCUCGCCUGUUGUACGUCUGCCCAAGCCGGCGCAGGAGCCAGCAGAUCCUCCGGUCAGCAUGCCUCCACGCGGAUACCAUGGACCAGGUGCCCGCCCUCUGGCUAUGAACCCUGAGUGGCAGGCCCGAUUCAACAAGCUCCUUGAUAAGCCCACUGCUCAUGAAACAACGCCAACCCCCAGACCCUUCACCGCAGUACCUGUCGCGGUACCUGUAAAGUCGACUGCGCUUGCUGUUGCUGCCUCUAGUAAAGCUUCUCUUGAUGUACGGGCCCCUACAGGGUCUGCGACUGUCUCUCUGCCAGCAUCUGCACACGGCAGGAGUUCUGGGGUUGACCGCACCCGUAGUGCCUGCACACGAGAAGGCACCGCUGCGUUGUUCGAGGACAGGGAGUUCGGAUCUCUCCCCACUGUAAGACUGUCCAAGGUUCCUCAUCUCAGCGCAAAUGAGCCAGCGAUCAAUCCUCCCAACAAGGAUGACGUUUAUGCCCGCCUUAUGAGGAAGGAGAAUCCUUUCACGAUCAAGAGACUGGAUGCAUUCGACUUCGGUGCUGGCCCAGAGGUCGACGUCAUCGUUCGUUUGGAACACAUGAGAGCACCCGUCACUAAGACGAUGCCGAAGCCGCGCCGUGGCAAGGGCAACGGAGCCUACGGCAAGCCGAAGCGCAACGGCACUCCUACAGGGCCCCAGACUGGUGGCGCAAAGGACCGCCCGCGUAAGCCAUCGCAGCAAGGACAGGGUGAGCGCACCACCAGCUCGCCCAAAGUCAACUUGCCAAACGCCUGGCCCGCUCAGCCCCGUCCUUCUGUACCCCCAAAACGCGAAUCUUGGGCCCAACGUGCUGCUGCUGCCCCAGUGCACUAG